GUACGAAUCAAUCUCCGCAUAACGGAUUCAAUCGAUUACGUCUGAAAUUGACUAUAACGGGAAGCUUUCAAUGCGCAUGCGCUCCCUCUCGUCUCCCUUUCUGCCAAACUGUCGGCCAUGGCUCCGAUUAAAAAGCAGGUGACCAAGGGUGGGAAGAAGAAAAAGCAGGUCCUGAAGUUCACCCUGGACUGCACCCACCCUGUGGAGGAUGGCAUCAUGGAUGCUGCUAACUUUGAGCAGUUCCUUCAGGAGCGCAUCAAGGUAAAUGGUAAAUCUGGCAACUUGGGUGGUGGCGUGGUCUCCAUCGAAAGGAGUAAGAGCAAAAUCACAGUGACAUCUGAGGUCCCCUUCUCUAAGAGGUACCUGAAGUAUCUUACCAAGAAGUACCUCAAGAAGAACAACCUGCGUGACUGGCUGCGUGUAGUAGCGAACACCAAGGAGAGCUAUGAACUGCGCUACUUCCAGAUCAAUCAGGAUGAGGAGGAGGACGAUGAAGAUUAAAUCCAUGCCACUCUUUUGUAAAUUCAAUAAAAUUUCAAAAGAAAUCA